CAACCACGUUAAACAGCUUUAAACUUGGGUGUAUCGUGUCGUAGGCAGUUCGUUUUUAUACACCCGGGGGUUCCAUUGGAAUAUCGGCUUUGCUCUCCGACCAAAAACAUUGAAUACCUUUUCCAGGUCCAUCUUGCACACCGCACCGCGCAAAAUGCUGUUCUACCCGGAAAUUAGUAUUCAAAAUGAGUUGAAGAAAUUGAUGUCUUGCGCCGACCAGGAGUAUGACCAUCAGCUGGAAGAGAAGCGUAAAAGAUUACAUUCCCUGCUGCAAUCAGAACAGCAGCAACAGGAGCGGGAAAUUAUGAAAAAGUUCCAGGACGAGGAGGAAAUGCGGCUGAGGGAGAGAACCAAUGCGCUGCUCAGUGCAAAACAGAACCAGGAGCGGCAGCGGACGGAGUUUGUGAAAAACAAAAUGAUACAAAUGAAGCUCAAUAAUUGCGACGAGAUUCGUACGUUUCUGCAGCAAAAGUAUCACGAAGAAUCGAAGAAAUGCCAGCUUGCACAGAUUGAGGAUAAGAUGAAACUGAAGCAAGCCAAAAUGGACGAAGAACGAAUGUGGACCGAAGUGCACGUGCGAAAGUAUAAGAUGGAGUUGCAAAAUGAGCAAAAGGAGAAACAGGAACGAAAAACAAUGGAACAGAAAACGCUGCAAGACAUCAAGCACCAAAUCAAGGAACGAUCGCUAAAAGCCGCUCAGGAUAAGGUCGAUCUGCAGAAGGUGGUUUGUGCUUCCCUACCGUUUCCCGACCAUGAUCCAAAGCUAAAAGUGCUCGGCAAGGCGGAACUGGCCGAACAUUUGAGCGAACAAAUAGCGCUGCGCAAAGAGCUACAGCGGAAGCAAAGCGAGCAGGAUGUGCAGGUAAUUCGCGCGCUAAACGAAACCACCGCCAAGCAGCUCGAACAGGAACGGCAGACACGCAAGGCGGAAGACCUUUUGCUGAAGAAACAAAAGGAUCAGUUCUACCAAUACUCCAAGCACGUGAUCCGGCAGCGCCAGCUGGAGGAUGGCAAGCUGGAAAAGCUUAUCAACGAUACGCGGGAACAGUUCGACCAGGACAAGCUGGAAGCUUGCCGGCGCGAGAAGCAGAAGCGGCUGCAGAUGGCGUCCAUCGCGUACGAGGGCCAGCGGAUGCAGAUCGCCGAAAUGGAGGCGCGAAAGGCGCGCGAGCGCGAGGAGCGCCAGCAGGAAGCGCUGCGCGAGCGUGAGCUGCAGGAAAGGAAUCGCAGGGAGGCGGAACGGGCCGACUGCCGGAUACAGACGGCCGUGCAGCAGUAUCGGGAUUCGCUGCGGGAGCAGAUCAAAUCCGCCUCGCUCGACCGGGAGCGCAGCAAGCGUGCCAAUCAGAUGGAAACGAACCGGCUGAUCGAGUGCAGCUUCAACGAGCUGAACUUUGUGCAGAGCUACGUGAAGGGUUCGUUCGAGGAGCACUUCAAAAAGCAUCCCAACCUGUCGCUGUUGAAGCGAAAGUACUGAUAAAGUGUGUUUUUUAGAUAUUUUUUCGUUUAGCUACUUGACGUACUUUGCAAAGUGGAAAUUGAUUUUCAAUUGGCUCACCAUAAGACUAAAUUGUAAGGAAAGGAAAUCGUGCUUAGUACGAAUGAUGCAAAUUAUAAAAAUAAAAAUCCGUACCGUGAAUAAAACGUGAAAAAAGAAAA